GCAUAUUCCUCAAAACAUCGAGCUAAGGAUGGCCUAAAUUUCCAGGUUGACAGUUUUUUCUUUGGAUAACUUUGCAGCGCUCUGGGUGGACUUGCCAGUUGAAAGCUUCGAAGUUCUUUCGAUAUUUUCAAGAAAAUGAGUCAUAAUAGAGCUAGAAGGAAGCUAGCACGUAUACGAUGUGUUCUGGAAACUGUCAAAACGUUAAAAGAUGUAAAACCCUUGCCUGCAGCUUUGUGUUAUGUUCCAUUGGAAAUCGAAUACAAAUGUUCAACCGAGCUCUCGGCAGACACUAAAAACAAGCCUCUUAUUGUCCGCCAUCAACCCUCUUUGGUUGCAAAAACUUUUGGGAAAGUUCAACUUACAAAUGACUUGAGGCUUCAUGCAACUGGAGAUGAAUACUCGAACGGUGAUGGAGACUGGAUAAAAUUGACAGAGAAAUGCAUGAGACAAUUGGCUGAAAGCAAAAUCUUAACAGAUGUAGAAGGAUAUGAAGGCUGGAUUUUGAUACAUACAAGAGACACAAAAGGGGACAAUCUUCCACUUUUGGAACCUGUCUUUGAAGUAGAUGGAGCAGUUAUGUCAACACCGACACCAUCAAAUGAAGAUAUGUUUGGUGGGUCAGCCACUAGGCCUCAAAUGGGGAAAGCAAGAAAAGGGAUGUUUUACAGGUGGCAUGAUGUUAUGGAAGACCAGUAUGUCCUUCAUAUUGUCCCACCCAAGCUACCCUUGAAUAUGGACCAAAAAGCAACACAAAAGCUUCAAAACCCACCACCAAACUGGAGCUUUGAAGCAGAUGAGGAACUUGUGAGGUUUCUCAAUGAGAAUGCUAUCGAAACAUAUCACGGCACCUCAAAACGUUACAUAGAAAAAGUCGAAGUAUCAACGGAACAAGAAUACGCGGAUAAUUUGAUUGACAACGAUAAAGGGACCUAUUGGGAGUCAGAUGGGAGCCAUGGCCGUCACUUUAUCCGUGCACAUAUGAAACCUGGUGUCAUUGUUCAGCAACUUUUCAUUGGUGUGGAUCCAUCUGAUGAUAAUUACAUGCCAUACAGAGUCAUUGUCAACGGAAUCAGUGAUUCUGGCAACGUUGUCCAGUUGAAAGAAACAUGCAUCGAUAUAGCCGUUCCUAUGGAUGUCUGUAUAUUGGAGAAUGCCCCGGAGUAUUAUAAAAUUAUUGAAAUAAAGGUAAAAGAAUGUAAAGAUGAUGGUAUCGACUGCCGAGUUCAUUCUGUCAAAGUUGUCUCCAAUAAGCAGAAGCAGAACGGGCUCAACCGAGACUUAUUCGACAAGAAUUUAGUGAAAUAUCCGAAACUUGAUAAUGUCGAUCGUGAUUUGCUGUACAGAAGGGCUUACUGUCUCCUAAGAUUUGCCAGUGUUUUGGACAGUGUCAUUCAUUUUCUGUUGCCCACAUGGGAAUAUACGGCUGGCACAUUUCAAUCCCUAGCGUGUAUGAGACAAUUGAUGCCAUUAUCAAAGAAACGGCAAGGGCUCAUUGACAACUGCUUAAGAGAAACACAGUCGAGCGGCCAGGCCACUGUCCCAAAGAUAUUCGUGAACCGUCACCAAGCAGCUGAACAUGUAGUCAAUCCGUCUCAAGAUCCUGAUGCCAAACAUUCAAUUUUCAACCAGCUAUACGAAGCCUUGAAGCCCGAACGUUGUGGAUGCGAGCUGGAUUUUAGAUGGAGUCAGAAAUACGACCAAUGGUGGGAAUGCAAAUUCAUUGGUGAAGGAAUUAUAGAUCAAGGAGGCGGGUUUCGUGACAGUCUUGCUGAUAUUGCGGAGGAACUUUGUCCCAGCGCUAGUGACACACCCAUGCCUUUGCCGUUUUUCAUUAGGAGUCCAAACCAGGACCAAGGCUCGUCAAAUGUCAACAGGGAUCGUUAUGUACCGAAUCCAUCAUGCAAGUUGUUUGCAAAAUACGAAUGGAUUGGAAUGGUGAUGGGUGCUUGCUUGCGUGGCAAAGAGAGUUUAGUGUUAGCUUUACCAUCCUUCAUUUGGAAGCAACUUGCUGGGGAAAGUGUAUCGUGGAUGAAAGAUUAUGCAACGGUCGAUGCUUCAGAGGUUAAAUUGCAUGAGACUUUGGAAACCUUGGACAAGGAAACCUACCAGGAAAAAUUCUUUGGUGUUUUGAAAUACAGCACGGUCCUUAGCGAUGGGUCAGUUUAUCAGCUCAAAGAGAACGGAGUCGAAACAGAUGUCCCAUACGAAGAAAGAACAGAAUACAUGAAACUUGUCCAAAAUGUCAAAAUGAGCGAAUUUAAUGACCAGAUCAAUUCCAUCCGUAAAGGAAUUUUGAAAACAAUACCCCAGGCGGUUCUUGAUCUUCUUACUUGGCAAGAACUCGAGAAAAAGAUAUGUGGCGAUCCAGAAAUAAGUGUGGAAGCUCUUCAGAAAUCAGCACAAUAUGAGGACCUAACCGAAACAAGUGUACGAGUAAAAUAUCUAUGGCAAGCGCUCAACAGUUUUACUAAUGAAGACCGCAGUAGAUUUCUACGAUUUGUCACUGGACGGAGACGCUUGCCGACGCCUUUGUUCAUCUGCCCCAGUAAAUCCGAUGCUGCGAUAAACUCUUUGCCUGAAUCAGCGACCUGCUCCAAUACUCUUUUCCUUCCAUCAUAUUCAAGUGCUCAAGUUGCGGAGGAGAAACUAAGGUACGCAGCCUAUAACUGCAUUGCGAUCGAUGCUGACAUGAGUCCCUGGGAAGAGUGAUGGCGGAGGAGCCUUCAACAGAAAACGAAUUUCGUAGUGUUAAACAUUUCUAGAACGAUUAAAUUUUAAAACUAUGUUCAUAGGAAUCGAAUUAAUGUACGUUCAAGUAAAUUUCUAGAAGAUUAUGUAUGAAGUUUGAUAGGUCUUUCUUUUUAAGAGGGAUUAAAAGUUAUUGGCAUAAUAAAUAGUUGACUAUGGUUUUGUAUUUGACUUUCGCACAAGUUUAUCCACUGAAGUGUCUAAUUUCUUUGAUAAGUGUUUAAUUCAACUAUCAGCUAAUCGACUUUCUGGAAAGGGAUAGAUUCUUGUUCCAGUGAAUAUAACGUAAAAGAUAUAUCAAGUAUUUAGAUUUGGUAGACUGCAAAGCACAGCUUCUAGGUCUGCCCAAUUUGAGGUCAUUUUCAUUUGAAAAAUUCAAGUUAAGUUAAAAGGAAAUGAGCGAUUUCAGGUAAAAAACUAAGCCUAUAGCCUUGCUAAAAUGGUCAAUUUUGGUUUUAGUUUUCACUAACAAUCCUUGCCUUUAAAACCCGUCCCUGAUGACAUUUACUAUCAAUCUUAAGUAAGCUUGAUUGGUAACAACUAUACUCCGUCCAACAAAUUUCCCAUGGAUUGAAACGUAUUUAAUUAAUCUAUUAACAUGCUUUUUGACUAGUAACGCAUUCUUUCAAUCUCAAACUUACCAAAAGCAUAUUGUUGGAUUUUAGGCUUUGGGCUUUGGACUGUGCUUCUUCAACAGGACAGAUUUCAAAAUCAAUCAAAGGCUGAAAACAUUGAAUUCUGCCGAGAACGAUUUAAAAAAUUGACGUAAACCUACUUACAAUACAUAAUCAAUCAUUAUUUAAAACCAGUGCUUAAACUUCCUAUAGAAGUGAAAAAAUGUAAUAUUUAUAUAAAUGAAUAUAAAUAACAACUAAGGAAUUCCAAAAUGCUAUAUUUACAAAUCAUACCACUAUUUUAUAGUUACGAAUAUGAUAAUACAAUAAGCAAUUAACAUGUUAAAAUUACAAAACAUUUCUAGCUAUUUAGGCCAAACUAAUUUCGUCUUCAAAUGUUUCUGGUACCGUGGCAGUGAUGCGAUGCUGUAAUUCCUUAUUUAUUGAAGAAUUAAACCCGGAACUAAACAGCAAGAAAGAAUGGGAAAUUAAAAUGCUCGACGCCACGAACGAAUCAAGUUCGACGCAACAAACCCGGUUAAAUGUCACAUAACCAAAUAUUUUCAUCAGCUCAAGAGACCUAUUUCAAAGUAUAUCAUUAUAAUUUCUUCGAAAAGGGCUUUUUAGAAGCUUUACUAUUAAAUAUGGCUACAUACGAAAAAUGAACUAUGGACAAAAAUUAUGCAAGUUUGCAACAAACCAUUUCUAAUGAUAGCUCAGAUGUAGUUGAAAACCUAGUCGAAUUUAAUUACAAAUGUCAUAGUGCCAGCUUCAAAUGUAAAAAGACCCAAACUUAGGUAGAUUUAAAAACGAUCUACGUUUCGUUCAAGCGUGGUUGACAUCUGAAUUUUCUUCGUUUGUCUUCUCCUUUAGCUCAAUCGGACCUAAGAAGAAGAAAUUAACGUAAAUAUAUAUUUUAAUGAUAUCAAGACAAAUGGGUAAUGGAUCCGACGCAUUGCUGUCUGGUUUGUAACUAACAAUGUCGUGAAACUAUUCUAACUAACGAAGGAAAGUGCAAAAUCUUAUACAAAAGACCAUAUCUUCUACCCCUUUUUCCUAACUGUAUCAGAACGUCAUAAAAUCAGAAAGUUAGAAAGAAAAGCUAACAAAGGGGUUUUGAUUCUAAACGAAUUUUGAUGAAGUUUAGAUGGAAAAAUUUGUCAGCAUUUAUAUGCCCUAUAUUUGGUAAAUUAUGGAUAAAUUAUGGAUAGGUGAAGAGAAUCUGGAUUAUGGAACGGAGUAAAGAAUAAGAGAGCGUAGAACAGAAUGAAGCACAGCUAUUUAUCAACAUAAUUUUCUAUGCAGCAAUUGGUGUGUGUGAUAACUUUGGCCAUUAUACCCAAAUUGUAUGAAAUACGAGUUAAAAAGAGGCUAUUUUUGUGAAUCAUAUCGUAUUUAAUGUAAAAAUAAACGUGUAUUGAAACUGAUCUCAAAAUAAUAGCUCUUUCUGUUUUAUUUAUAAAUCAUUCUUUCGAUAAAAAAUCAUUUAUGUACACUAUAUUAAAUCAUCAAUACUACAAAAUAUACGAAAAUCCUCUAUCAAUCUUUGACGAAUAAACAUAUAUGAUAAAAUAUGGCAAUCCAUUUUUGGUGAAGCUAUACAUGAGGUUAAUCUAAAAAAGCGACAUCUUUGCACGAAAGGCAGAUGGUCCCUUUUUCAUUCGUGUUGACUUUUGGUGGUCAUUGAAAUUAUGCAUGAAAGACCUUCUGAUCAAGUGAACCAAUCAGGGUGAGGAAAUUUGCGUGAAAAUAAGCAUGAAAUCACAUGCAUGUUCGUACAAGUAUCAAAUUAUCAUCGGGACAAUCUGCCUUUAACUUCUAAAAAGGUUUUCAAAUUUUACGUGGAUAAAUAUAUUACUUUUUUAAAAUAUAUUAUUAAUACCUAAAAAUAUAUUUCUUUUCUGAGAUAACGAUAUACGUUUUUCUAUGGCGUUGAAACGGAAUCCCUGAUCGAUAUAAUUUACAUCCAAUAUAUGGUACAUUCUACACUU